UUUGGUUUGUCAGCUGCGGGUUUGAGUACAGCAGGAUGUGCUCUCCAGGUGUGCUGUAGGAUUCUCCUUCAAGGACCCUCACACCUCCAGCGGCUGAAGCUACUGCCUGGUGGUCCAUGCCUUUUCUCUGAGGGAUUUCCUCCAUUCUGUUAAAUCUGACACCAUGUCUAUAGGGAGAGUGCUUUGUUGCUUGUUGCUCACUUGCCAACUGGCCGAGGGGAAGAGAAUCAAGGCCAACAGAACAGGGUUGUCUCUUCACCACCUGGGGGGCCCACACCCGGCCACGCCCCCGCCAGCAGGACCCAAUGUGGGCCAGUCGGUGUUCAGGCUGUACUCCCCGGGGGGCCGCAUGGAGGAUUGGUGCACCCUGGACCCCUUCCAGGCGGGGGGACCCUCGUGUCCCGGCUUCAACAGCAGCCACGGCCUCAUCGUCAUCAGCCCCGGCUGGUCGCUGGACGGUAUGAUGGAGAGCUGGGUGCUGCGGCUGGCCUCCGGCCUGGAGCAGAGCCUGGCGGAGGUGAACGUGGUGGUCACCGACUGGCUGCGGCUGGCCCACCAGCACUACCCCAUCGCCGUGCAGAACACCCGGGCCGUGGGGAAGGACGUGGCGACUCUGCUGCGCUGGCUACAGGACCACUACAAGCUCUCCCCGAAGCGGGUCCAUCUGAUUGGCUACAGCCUUGGAGCACACAUCUCUGGAUUCGCUGGGAGCUAUUUCAGGGGCUCGGAGAAACUCGGAAGAAUUACCGGCCUGGACCCCGCGGGGCCCCUGUUCGAGGGCAUGUCCCCGGUGGACCGGCUGUCCCCCGACGACGCGGACUUCGUGGACGCCAUCCACACGUUCACCCAGGAGCGCAUGGGUCUGAGCGUGGGCAUCAAGCAGCCGGUCGCCCACCAGGACUUCUACCCCAACGGGGGCACCUUCCAGCCGGGCUGCGACCUCCACAACAUCUACCACCACAUCACCGAGUACGGCCUGCACGGGUUCGAGCAGACGGUGAAGUGCGCCCACGAGCGCUCGGUGCACCUGCUGAUCGACUCCCUCCUGCACCGCGACCGGCAGAGCGUGGCCUACGUGUGCAGGGACCACGACGCCUUCGAGAAGGGCCUGUGCCUGGACUGCCGCCGGCGCCGCUGCCCCCGGCUGGGCUACCACGCGCACCACGGCCACGGCGGCACCGUCGGGAAGAAGCUGUUCCUCAAGACGCGCGCCCGCAUGCCCUACAAACUCUACCACUACCAGUUCAAGGUGCAGUUCACCAACCAUCUGAAGGGAAUGAGGCCGUCGCUCAUCAUCGCCCUGACAGGGACCAACGAGGAGAUCGGGGAGCUCCCCAUCCAGUUCGAGGAGGAGGUCUCUGGUAACCGGACCUACGCCUUCCUGAUCACCCUGGAGCGCGACAUCGGAGACCUGAUGAUGCUCAGAGUCCAGUGGCAGAGCACCGCUCUGUGGAAGAGCGUGUGGACCCGCAUGCACACCAUCCUGCCCUGGGGCAACAUGGCCGCACCCCCACAGCUCAGCGUGGGCCGGAUCUCCGUCAAAGUGGGGGAGACGCAGAAGAGGACAUCUUUCUGCCCGGCGACAGAAGACGGGCAGCAUUUUCAAGCGUCAGAAGAGAAACUGUUUGUCAGAUGCCAAGAAAAUCACCAAAAACAACGGAGAAAGAAGCAUAAUUUGGCCUAGAACGGCCCUCAUCCACAGCUAGGAGAAGGAAACAGCGUCACACCUGCAACGAUACUAAACGGCCUUUAUUAUACCACCAGGUGGGAGUGAUCAACUCGAUGUAUGAUCGAUAGAUCAGCAACAUUGGCUACAAUCCACUGGGUAGGCUGGUAGACUGAUCUAUCCAGCGUACAUCUAGGUGGCGCACAGAAAGAGGCAGACUUUAAAACGACUUGUAAUGGCUAAUCACACUCACACCUGGUGGUUUUAUAAAGGCCCUUUAGAGAUACCAUUUUA